AUGUCGGAGGAGGACAAGACUUCCACUCCUAGCAAGCCCUCGGCUGCAGUUGCGCCGAACAGCCCUCGCGCUGAGUCGCCCACUACUGCACGACCUCUGGAUUUUGACGAUGAACCGCAAGAGUCUGGCAUCACUUCCAGCGGCAAUAACGCACCCUCGGCGCAGCAGACUGCUACCGAGACACCCCCAGCUGCCCCGCCGAAGCCGCCGCGGCCCAUGAGCCCCCGAGAACAGUCGGUGAACACACUAAAGGAGGCAUUCCCAACGGUUGACCUUGCGGUAGUCAAGGCUAUUUUGAAUGCUAGCAAUUGGAAUGUCGAGCGCGCAUUCAAUGCCCUGUUGGGCAUGACCGAUCCUACUGCUCAGGAGGAUAUGGUUCCUCCCCCUAAACCUCCUCGUCCCACUCAGACCGCCACCUCUACCACGCAGCGACAACUUGAAGCCGAUGAGCAAUAUGCGCGCCAAUUGGCUCAGCACUACAAUGCCCCUGGUGAACGCCGGGCUCCAGCCCCAGGAUGGGAGAAUGACCCUCGGUAUCGCCAGCCCCGGGGAAGCGAGGACUCGGAGGACAAGGAAUACAACUUCUUCGAAGAUGAUCUACCGGUAAUCCGCGAGAACUUCAAGAAGGGAUUCUUGGAGACACAGACAAAGGUAAACUCGUGGUUCGGGAACCUGAAGAAGCAAUUAAAUGGUGAGGAGGAGGAAGAGGAACAAGCACACUCUAGUCAACGCUAUGAGCAACAGACCUCGGCGUAUGGCCGCCCACGACGAAGCGGCGAGAUGGGCCGCCGCAGUGGGGAUCGUGAGCGUUACGAUGCAGACCCCCAAGUGCUGAGUGAUGAUUUCUCAGCGCUUGAGCUGAGGGAUGGCGAAGUCCCUCCCGCACGCCCUCCUCGUCCCGGCAGCACCGGGCUCAAGAAGACUGCAUCGCCGUCCCCGGGUAGGAGGGUUUCCUUCCAAGACGGCCCUCCCACCGAGAUCGAUAACCUUUACGAUGCCACUCCGAACAAGCGCAGCGCUCCAACCAGCGGCAAGUCCAGCAAGUGGCAACCCUUGGCCACCGUCGAGCCCUCCCCAGUAGCCGAGAACGACCCGUUCAGCCUCGGUGACAGCGAUGACGAGAAGGAUACCAAGACCAAGGAGCAGACCACCGUCCCCGAGAGCGAGCAGCUCAAGAAGGCGACCGCCGAGGCGAUGUCCGGCGAGAUUGGGUCAUCGACGGAUGACAAGAAGACCGGAGAUUCGUCCAAGUAA